GUGAGCAUUUGUGGGGAACUUCUGUGGCAGUCUCCCACUAGAUUCAAUUGUGGUCAUGGAAAAGUGAAUCAGGAGAGGCUGCUUGUGGAAGUCAGACCAAAUAGCAGGAAGGUAUUACAACAAGAUGGAUUUGGGAAAGGACCAAUCUCGCGUGACGCUCCAUCAGACACCCGGUCCUCCUCAAGAAAAGAACCAUGUUCCAGAAAUUAUUGGAACUUGGAAUCUGCGAAACAGAGAACAACUCAGGAAAAGAAAAGUUGAAGCACAAGAGAAGCAAACUUCACAGUGGCAACUUGGAGAGAAAAAAUGCAAGAAGCCAAGAACAGGAAAAGGAAAUAAAAGAGGCAGAAAGAGACAACAAAACACAGACCUGAAGGUGGAGCCUCAGUCACAAUUUAAAAAGGACACGGGGGAGAGAGCACUAGUGCCUAUGGAGAAAGGAACUGAACCGCCUAGGACUAUAACCGAAGCGCUCUCUCUGGAAGCCUCUCCCAAAAACGUUGUGCCCGAGAAAAAAUUUUCUGCAAUGGAUCAAGAAAGCACUAUACAUCAGGAAAAUUCUUCUGAGUUACAAGAAACAGCAACACAAAACCACCCUUCUGAAAUGUGCCAAGAUAUGGCUGACCCUGAAGUGCUCUCUCCUAAAAUGUGCCAAGAAACAGCUGUACUUCAAGGCCAUCCUUCCAAAAUGUGCUCUGACGUGGCUGAACCUAAAGCCUUCUCUUCUAAAAUGUGCCAAGAAACAGCCAUACUUCAAAACCAUUCUUCCAGAAUGUGCCUUGGUGUGACUAACCCUGAAGAUCUCUCUCCUAAAAUGUGCCAGGAAAUAGUUGUAUUUCAAGGCCAUCCUUUCAGAAUGUGCCCUGAUAUGGCUGAACCUGAAGAUCUUUCUCCUAAACUGUGUCAAGAAACAGCUAUAGUCAAAGUCCUUCCUUCUGAAAGUGAAGACAGAGCAGACCUGGAAGGAUGCUCUCCUGAAGCAUUCCCCAAACCAGAUGUGCCUAAAGCCUAUGCUCAUGAAACAUACCAAAAAAGAGCUGAACCUGGGGAAUACAAUUCUGAACCAGAUCAAGGAAUGGCUGAGAUUGAAAGCUUCUUGCCUAAAACAGAAGAAAUAGCCGUGCCUAAAGACCUUUCUAUAAAAACACACCAAGAAACAGUUGAACCUGAACACUUCUCUCAUGAAACUUAUAAGGAAAUUGCUGUGCCUAAAGCACUCUCUCCUGAGGCAAUCCAAGAAAUUCCUGAUGAGGAAUAUCCACCUGAAAUAUACCAAGAAACACCUGGGCCUGAAGACCUCUCCACCAACACAUAUAAAAAUAAGGAUGUAACUGAAGAAUGCUUUCCAGAACCAUACCAAGGAACAAAAGGGCCCCAAGGCCAGGAUCCUAAAGGACACCAGGAGGAAGCUAUGGAUGUUUAUACUUUUCCUCAAGAAAUGGGAGGAAAACCCAAGGCAGAAGAACCAAAUAUACCGGCAAUUCCAAACGUUCCUCAAGAGAUUCAUCCAGAAAAUGACGUCUAUAGUUAUGUUUUGUUUUAACGAUGCUCAACCAUCACAGUUGUCCAACAAAAUACACAUCUUAAUAUAUGUGUAAUUUUCUCAAAAUAUUGUAGAUCUCUACAAUA